CUCUUCUACGCUGAAGGAUCGACAAUCCGAGAUGAACUCGUCGGCUCAGAGUUGAACCCCGUUCACGGUCUGCUCUGUCGACCUGACCCACGACCGUUCACGCGAAGGCCAACUCCUCUCCCACGCAGACCAAAAGCCAGCCUUUCGCCUCUCUCUCCUCUCUUCUAUUUCCUCCGCCUUCCCUCCCUGUCGAGAAGAGAAAGAAAGGAAGGCAGGCAGCGGGGCGGAAGCGAUGAGCGGGCACGAUUCUAAGUACUUCUCAACCACCAAGAAGGGAGAAAUCCCCGAGCUCAAGGAGGAGCUCAAUUCCCAGUACAAGGAUAAGAGGAAAGAUGCUGUGAAGAAGGUUAUAGCUGCAAUGACUGUUGGAAAAGAUGUUUCAUCAUUGUUCACAGAUGUGGUAAACUGCAUGCAAACGGAAAAUUUGGAGCUGAAAAAACUCGUCUAUUUGUAUCUCAUAAACUAUGCCAAAAGUCAACCAGAUCUUGCCAUACUUGCUGUGAAUACAUUUGUGAAGGAUUCUCAAGAUCCUAAUCCGCUAAUUCGAGCUUUAGCUGUGAGGACAAUGGGUUGCAUUCGUGUUGACAAAAUAACAGAGUAUCUGUGUGAUCCCCUUCAGAGAUGCCUCAAGGAUGACGAUCCUUAUGUCCGAAAGACAGCAGCUAUUUGUGUAUCUAAACUAUAUGAUAUAAAUGCUGAGCUGGUGGAAGAUAGGGGUUUCUUGGAGACUCUCAAGGAUUUGAUAUCUGACAAUAAUCCAAUGGUAGUGGCAAACGCAGUUGCUGCACUUGCAGAGAUCCAUGAAAAUAGUAGUCGACCAAUUUUUGAGAUUACUAGUCAUACACUUUCGAAGCUUCUGACUGCCUUGAAUGAAUGCACUGAAUGGGGUCAAGUUUUCAUUUUGGAUGCUUUAUCAAGGUAUAAAGCAUCUGAUGCCCGUGAAGCCGAAAACAUAGUAGAGCGAGUAACACCACGCCUCCAACAUGCGAAUUGUGCAGUUGUGCUUUCUGCUGUAAAGAUGAUCCUUCAACAGAUGGAACUCAUCACUAGUACUGAUGUAAUCCGAAAUCUUUGCAAGAAAAUGGCGCCACCUCUGGUAACUCUUCUUUCUGCAGAACCUGAAAUCCAGUAUGUAGCCUUGCGCAACAUCAAUCUUAUUGUACAGAAACGGCCUACGAUACUUGCACAUGAGAUUAAGGUUUUCUUUUGCAAAUAUAAUGAUCCAAUAUAUGUUAAGAUGGAGAAAUUAGAAAUCAUGAUAAAGCUUGCCUCAGAUCGGAACAUAGACCAGGUUCUGUUGGAGUUUAAAGAAUAUGCUACUGAAGUAGACGUAGACUUUGUUAGAAAGGCUGUGCGUGCAAUUGGCCGUUGUGCUAUUAAGUUAGAGAGAGCCGCUGAGCGGUGCAUCAGUGUAUUGCUUGAGCUGAUAAAGAUUAAAGUAAAUUAUGUUGUGCAAGAAGCUAUCAUUGUCAUAAAGGAUAUCUUCAGACGUUAUCCUAACACCUAUGAGUCUAUUAUUGCAACACUGUGUGAAAGCUUGGACACUUUAGAUGAACCAGAAGCUAAGGCAUCAAUGAUAUGGAUAAUUGGUGAAUAUGCUGAAAGAAUUGACAAUGCUGAUGAGCUCCUUGAGAGCUUUCUUGAGACUUUCCCAGAAGAACCUGCACUGGUACAGCUGCAGCUGCUCACUGCAACUGUUAAAUUGUUCCUCAAGAAGCCAACUGAAGGCCCACAGCAGAUGAUUCAGGCUGUUCUUAAUAAUGCUACGAUGGAAACAGACAAUCCUGAUUUGCGAGAUCGUGCAUACAUCUAUUGGCGUCUUCUUUCUACUGAUCCUGAGGCUGCUAAGGAUGUUGUUCUAGCUGAAAAACCAGUAAUAAGUGAUGAUUCAAACCAACUUGAUCCUUCACUUCUUGAUGAACUUCUUGCAAACAUUGCUACCCUUUCUUCUGUUUAUCAUAAGAUACCUGAUGCUUUUGUAAGCCGUGCAAAGUCAGCUACACCUAGACCAGAUGAUGAUGAUUAUGCUGAUGGAGGUGAAACAGGGUAUUCUGAGUCACCCUCUCAUGCAGUUGAUGGUGCAGCUGCUCCUUCUGGUGCAGCUGCUGUUUCACCUGCUCAAUCAAGGCAGCAGCCACCGGCAACAACAGCAAUCUCUGCACCUGCUCCACCUGUGCCAGAUUUGCUUGGAGAUUUGAUUGGUCUUGACAAUGCUAUAGUUCCUGUAGACCAGCCAAUGACGCCUUCAGAAGCCCCCUUACCUGUAUUACUACCUUCAUCUACUGGGCAAGGUCUACAGAUUAGUGCACAGCUUAUAUGUCAUGAUGGCCAGAUAUUUUACUCUUUGCUGUUUGAGAACAAUACGCAACUUGUGUUAGAUGGAUUCAUGAUACAGUUCAACAAAAAUACAUUUGGUCUUGCAGCUGCAGGACCUUUGCAGGUCCCGCCUUUGCAACCUGAAGCUUCAGCAAGGACACUUCUUCCUAUGGUUUUAUUCCAGAAUGUUUCACCUGGACCUCCAAGCAUGCUCUUGCAGGUCGCAAUUAAAAAUAAUCAGCAGCCAGUCUGGUACUUCAAUGACAAGAUAUCGUUGCAUGUUUUCUUUGGUGAGGAUGGUAGAAUGGAGCGUGCAAAUUUUCUGGAAACUUGGAAAUCCCUGCCAGAGUCGAACGAAGUCGGGAAGGACUUGUCAAACUCCAUUAUCCAUAGCGUUGAUGCUACCAUUGAACAUUUGACUGCAUCCAACGUAUUCUUUGUAGCAAAACGAAGGAAUGCAGACAAAGAGCUUCUGUAUUUGUCGGCCAAGAUCCCACGAGAUAUUCCAUUCCUGAUAGAGCUGACGGCUGUUCUUGGUGUCCCAGGCGUGAAAUGUGCAGUUAAGACACAGAGUCCCGAGAUGGCACCACUCCUCUUUGAAGCCAUGGAGACUUUGCUGAAGUGAGGUCUGUUCGUAUGUUACCUUUGUAAAAUUUUCAUCGUCUGUCUUCUCUGUGGUAGGGUAUUCUUUGGUGUUCCUGUGAGACGGCAGCAUGGUUUUGACUGAAUUCUAUAGUACAUUUGUAGUGGACGAUUCAUCCUGCUGCUUUUGUUAGAAACUUUCAAUCCAAAACCUCUUGGGCGCAUUUUGUUAUCAAACAUAUAAAGAGUAAUCGACCAUGUCAAGUCUGUUUCUUUUAUUAUUUGAAAUUUCAUGUCC